AUGGCUGACUUGCCCAGGGAGGGGAAAGUGGCUCGGUCGCCCGACUUCAUCCAGCUGAUCGACAUGGCGUCGGAGUCCGUGGGAGGAAAGAUUUUGUUUGCAACAGACGACUUUUUUGCUCCUGCGGAAAACCUCCUGAAGAGCGCCGGGCCGCGCUUUAAGGAGCGUGAAUUCACCGAGUUCGGCAAGUGGACGGACGGCUGGGAGACCCGGAGAAGGAGGGUGCCAGGUCACGACUGGUGCAUCGUCAAGCUAGGGGUCCAGGGCAUGAUCCGAGGCUUCGACGUGGACAUUUCCUACUUCACAGGAGACUACGCCCCGCGCAUCUCGAUCCAAGCAGCAAACCUGGAAGAAGAGAAAGAGCCGGAGAUGCCGCAGAGGGGAGGCCGGGCCGGAGUGGCGGCCACGCCCGCCGAGUGGGAGGCUGUGGCCCAGCUGAGGUCCGACGGCUGGGAGAGCCUGGUCCCCAUGACGGAGCUUCGGCCAGGAAAGCCCGCCUCCAGCCACAACUACUUCCUGGUGAAUUCCCUGCAGAAAUGGACGCAUGUGAGGCUCAACCUUUUCCCAGACGGGGGCGUCGCACGCCUCCGGGUGUACGGGAUCGGACACAAAGACUGGACGGCCACCGACCCCAAAGAACCGCUCGACCUGGCGGCCAUCGCGUGCGGGGGCGCGUGCGUCGGGUUUAGCGACGCCCGCUUCGGGCACCCGAACAGAAUGAUAGGCGUCGGCCAGCCCGUGUCGGUGGGAGACGGCUGGGAGACGGCCAGGAGGCCCGACCGGCCUCCCGUGCUGCAGAGUGACGAGGACGGCGUGCUCCGCGUUCCCGGGCACGAGUGGGCCGUUUUCCGACUGGCACACCCUGGAGUGAUCACGCAAAUUGAAAUCGAUACGAGAUACUUCAAAGGGAACGCUCCGGCCAGCUGUAGCCUGGACGGCUGCGUCCUGACGACCCAGGAGGAGGAGGACAUGAUCAAGCAGAAGUGGGACCUCCCGGCCCACAGGUGGAAGGCGCUGCUCCCGGUCACGCAGCUGUCCCCCGGCGAGAGCCACGUGUUCGACAGCCUGACCCUGGAGCUGCAGGACGUGGUCACCCACGCCAGGCUCACCAUCGCCCCGGACGGCGGCGUUGGCCGCCUGCGGCUCAGGGGCUUCCCCAGCUCCAUCUGCCUCCUGCGGCCCCGGGAGAGGCCCAUGAUGCGCUUCUCCGUGAAGCCCGGCUUCAAGUCCAGCCUUUAG